AUGGCUGCACCCAGUAUUGCCAUGGAGAGCAAACAUCAAAGUAAUUGCAAACUCAACAGAACUGAGAAGAAGUUCUUAAGGAAACAGAUUAAAGCCAGGCAUACAUUGCUGAGACAUGAAGGCAUUGAAGCAGUAUCCUAUGCCACUCAGGUUCUGGUUGUUGCCAAUGGUGGUUUGGGUAAUGGUGUGAGUAGGAACCAACUGCUUCCCGUUUUGGAGAAACUCGGACAGGUGGAUGCUCUCUUAAUGCCACCCAGUAAGCCCUACUCAUUUGUGAGAUACAAAACUGUAGAAGAAUCCAAGAAAGCCUAUGUUACCCUCAAUGGAAAAGAAAUAGUUGAUGAUCUAGGACAAAGCACCAUUCUGUACUUGAAUUAUGUAGAAAAAGCACAAUGGAAAGAUUUGGGGCUUCAAACCUUCCCUCCAGGCCUCAAAGUAGUAGAAGAAAUUGUUUCUUCUGAGGAUGAGAAACUGCUUUUGGAAAGCAUUAACUGGACAGAAGAUAAAGACAAUCAAAAUUUUCAAAAAUCCUUAAAACACAGAAGGGUAAAGCACUUUGGUUAUGAAUUCCACUAUGAGAAUAACAAUGUAGAUAAAGACAAGCCAUUACCUGGGGGUCUUCCUGACAUUUGUGAUAGCGUUUUGGAGAAAUGGUUGAAGGAAGGUAUCAUUAGGCAUAAACCUGAUCAAUUGACUGUGAACGAGUAUGAACCGGGGCAUGGAAUUCCUGCUCAUAUUGACACACAUUCUGCUUUUGAGGAUGAGAUCAUUUCUCUCAGUUUGGGGUCGGAGAUUGUCAUGGAUUUUAAGCAUCCAGAUGGUGUCACAGUGCCAGUGAUGUUGCCUCGUCGGAGUUUGCUUGUGAUGACAGGAGAAUCCAGAUACCUUUGGACCCACGGAAUAACACCUAGAAAAUUUGAUACUGUUCAAGCAUCUAGAGGUCACAAAAGUGGAAUUAUCACCCGUGAUGUUGGAGACUUAACUUUAAACAAGAGGGGAAUACGGACAUCGUUCACAUUUAGGAAAGUGAGGCAAACACCUUGUAACUGUAGUUACCCUUUGGUUUGUGACAGCCAGAAGAAGGAGCCUCCUCCAUCAUUUCCAGAGAAUGAUAAAGAAGCCUCACAAUUGGAGCAAGAAUACGUCCAUCGAGUGUAUGAAGAGAUCGCGGGACACUUCAGCAGCACAAGACAUACUCCUUGGCCACACAUUGUGGAGUUUUUGAAAGCUUUGCCACGUGGUUCAUUAGUAGCUGAUAUUGGGUGUGGAAACGGAAAGUAUCUUGGCAUAAAUAAGGAGUUAUAUAUGAUUGGUUGUGACCGUAGCCAAAACCUUGUGGACAUUUGUAGAGAGAGGCAAUUUCAGGCCUUCAUCUCCGAUGCACUGGCGGUACCAAUCCGCAGUGGGUCUUGUGAUGCCUGCAUUUCCAUUGCUGUUGUUCACCAUUUUGCAACAACAGAGCGCAGAGUGGCAGCUCUUCAAGAACUUGUUCGGCUCCUGAGACCUGGUGGGAAGGCACUCAUUUAUGUUUGGGCAAUGGAACAAGAAUAUAAUAAGAAGAAGUCCAAGUAUCUCAGAGAAGACAGAACUAGCCCAGAAAAGAAAGAGGAGAUCAGCAGUGAUACGUCAGUGCAAGAAAUGCUUGUGGAGCAAAUGCCUGGUAUGGGCAAUCAAGAUUCAGCAUGCUCUGUCCCCUCCAUUAAUAACUUUCAGAACGGAAGAUGUAAUUCAAAGAAAGGUGCUAAUUCCAAGCUGCCUAUUCACACUAACAGGACUUCUUUUCAUUCUCAAGACUUACUCGUUCCAUGGCACCUUAAGGGAAACCCUGGUAAAGAAAAAUCUAUUGAGCCAUGUGGUCCACUGGGAACCCAUGAUGCAAGUCCUGUGUUUCAUCGCUACUACCAUGUGUUCUGUGAGGGAGAGUUGGAAGCUGCCUGCCAGGCUCUAAGCAAUGUCAGCAUUCUGCAGAGCUACUACGAUCAAGGGAAUUGGUGUGUGAUUCUUCAAAAGGUCUCAUUGUCCCUGUGAACUCAUUAUAUACAGGAAAGAAAUGCUCAGCUCUCUUCUUUUUUUUGAAAGGAGAAUAGAUUAACUGGGUUUUUAAAGAGAAAACUUGUGGUUAGGUACCAAAGGAGUGCAGCUGAGAGAAAUUUGACAUAGAGAUUAGUUAGGAAACAUUUAGUCUACUACUAUUGCUGAUCUCAUUUUACCCAUAAACAUAGGGAGGAACAGGGAUGGUUUUUUAAAGUGAUUUAAAUUGUUUAUGAAGUAUUUGGGAUCCUGGGGUAAAUGUACAGCAUGUUGAAGAUAAACUUUUUUUAUAAAAUGUUACGAAAUAAUUUAAUUUUGUAGAAUCAUAGUGAAGAAAUCAUAUAACAUUUUAAUAAAGAAAAUUCCUUUCAGAA